GCCACUCGGCCGCCGGUGGCCUCGGCGGCGGCAGCGGCGGCAGGAUGCGGGCGGGCCGCGGCGCGGCGGGCGGGGAGGCGGCGGCCGAGGAGGAGGCGGCCGAUGGGGCCAAGCGCGGCGGGGCGGCGGGCGCGGGGCGGGCGCGGGGCCGCGGCGGGAAGGGGUCCCCGAACGGCGAGUGCCGUCGCGGGGAAGCGCCGCGCAGCCCCGGCCCGGAGCCGCCCCGCGAGCCCAAGGUCUCGUUCUCCUGCGGCGGCGGCGGCGCGUCCCCCGGCGGGGCCAAGGCGGCCGAGGAGGGGGCGAGCGAGGAUGCGGCCGAGGAGGUCCGCGGGAGCCAGGCCAGCUUCAUGCAGCGGCAGUUCGGGGCGAUGCUCCAGCCCGGCGUCAACAAGUUCUCGCUGCGGAUGUUCGGCUCGCAGAAGGCGGUGGAGCGGGAGCAGGAGCGCGUCAAGUCGGCGGGGGCCUGGAUCAUCCACCCCUACAGCGACUUCAGGUUUUACUGGGACUUCACGAUGCUGCUCUUCAUGGUCGGCAACCUGAUCAUCAUCCCCGUGGGCAUCACCUUCUUCAAGGAGGAGACCACGGCCCCCUGGAUCGUGUUCAACGUGGUCUCUGACACCUUCUUCCUGAUGGACCUGGUGCUGAACUUCCGGACCGGGAUUGUCAUUGAGGACAACACAGAAAUCAUCCUGGACCCCGAGAAGAUCAAGAAGAAGUACCUCAAGACCUGGUUUGUGGUGGAUUUUGUCUCCUCCAUCCCCGUGGACUACGUUUUCCUCAUUGUGGAGAAGGGCAUAGACUCGGAGGUGUACAAGACGGCCCGCGCCCUCCGCAUCGUGCGCUUCACCAAGAUCCUGAGCCUGCUGCGCCUGCUGCGCCUCUCGCGCCUCAUCCGCUACAUCCACCAGUGGGAGGAGAUCUUCCACAUGACCUACGACCUGGCCAGCGCCGUGAUGAGGAUCAUCAACCUCAUUGGGAUGAUGCUGCUACUCUGCCACUGGGAUGGCUGCCUCCAGUUCCUGGUGCCCAUGCUGCAGGAUUUCCCCCAGAACUGCUGGGUGUCCAUCAACGGGAUGGUGAACGACUCCUGGAGUGAGCUGUACUCCUUCGCCCUCUUCAAGUCCAUGAGCCACAUGCUGUGCAUCGGCUACGGGAAGCAGGCGCCCGAGAGCAUGACGGACAUCUGGCUGACCAUGCUCAGCAUGAUCGUGGGGGCCACCUGCUACGCCAUGUUCAUUGGCCACGCCACCGCCCUCAUCCAGUCGCUGGACUCCUCCCGGCGCCAGUACCAGGAGAAGUACAAGCAGGUGGAGCAGUACAUGUCCUUCCACAAGCUGCCCGCUGACUUCCGCCAGAAGAUCCACGACUACUACGAGCACCGCUACCAGGGCAAGAUGUUUGAUGAGGACAGCAUCCUGGGGGAGCUCAACGAGCCCCUGCGUGAGGAAAUCGUGAACUUCAACUGCCGCAAGCUGGUGGCCUCGAUGCCGCUGUUUGCCAACGCCGACCCCAACUUCGUCACGGCCAUGCUGACCAAGCUGAAGUUUGAGGUGUUCCAGCCGGGCGACUACAUCAUCCGAGAGGGCACCAUUGGCAAGAAGAUGUACUUCAUCCAGCACGGCGUGGUCAGCAUCCUCACCAAGGGCAACAAGGAGAUGAAACUCUCCGACGGCUCCUACUUUGGGGAGAUCUGCUUGCUGACCCGUGGCCGGCGCACGGCCAGUGUCCGUGCGGAUACCUACUGCCGCCUCUACUCACUCUCAGUGGACAACUUCAACGAGGUGCUGGAGGAGUACCCCAUGAUGAGACGGGCCUUUGAGACUGUGGCCAUCGACCGUCUCGACCGCAUCGGGAAGAAGAACUCGAUCCUGCUCCACAAAGUGCAGCACGACCUCAACUCAGGUGUCUUCAACAACCAGGAGAACGAGAUCAUCCAGGAGAUCGUCAAGUACGACCGGGAGAUGGUGCAGCAGGCGGAGCUGCAGCAGCACACGGCCAUGUACAGCCCCGUCCAGCCGCAGGUCACCUCCGCCAUCGCCACCCUCCAGCAAGCCGUCGCCAUGAGCUUCUGCCCGCAGAUGGCCAGCCCGCUGGUGGGCUCCAUGGCGCUGGGCUCGCCCCGCAUGAUGCGCCGCUUGCAGUACGCCCAGGCCGUGCCCAGCCCCUUCGCCGUGUCCCCCGUGCUGCUGCAGCAGAGCCCCCCGCCGCAGCCGCAGCCCCCCGUGCCCCACGCCAACCCCUCGCCCUCGCAGGACCCGGCGCAGCCCGCGGCCCUGCCCGCCUCCACCAGCGCCUUCGCCGCGGCCGCGGCCAGCCCGCCGUCCCAAAGCCCGCUGGCCAGCCGGACGUUCGCCUACGGAGGUGCCCCCGGGCCGCUGGGCUCGCAGCUGUCCCUCAGCCAGCAGCCAGCGCCCAGCUCGCCCCAGCGCCUGGCCGCCCACAAGAGCACACAGGCGCUGCACACCAGCAGCCUCAGCCAGGAUUCGCGGCCCCUCUCGGCCUCGCAGCCCUCGCUGCCCCACGGGCUGGCGGCCGGCAGCACCCAGAGCCCCCCGGCCUCCGCCCGCGAGUCCAGCACCUCCAUCGGAGCGGGCCCGGCCGCCGCCUCGCCGGGCCCGGGCCCUCCGGCCGGGCUGCGGGCCCAGGCGCCCUCACGGGGGGCCGCGGCCCACCCGGCGCCCACGGGCUCGGCGCUGACACCGCCGCCCGCCCUGCCGCAGGACCCGGCGGCGGCCCGCAAGGAUUCGGCGUCCAGCACGCCCGACACGGACCCGGCCAAGUCCAGGCUGUCUUCCAACUUGUGACCUCCGCGCCGGGCACGGGGACACGCGCGCCGGAGGGGCGGCGGCGGGGAGCGCCAGCUCCCCUCGCGUCCGCCCCGCGCCGCCGGGUGAGGCCGCGCCGCCGGCUGCCGCCCCCCAACACGGCGCCAGCCCCGCU